GUGUCCGGAGGGGUUAGUGCCUCCAUUUUCCCAUUUUCAGCAUUAAGCAUGCCGCAACGGAUCCAAAAAGGAUUAAAGAUUCGGGUGCUGGUGCGUCCUCGAGAAUUCAAGUGUUUGCGUGGUUGUGUGCUCGAGCACGUCAGUUCACGUCUGGGAGUACACGCUAGUAUUCCAACAUCCUCUGCUUGCCAUGAGCACUUCCAAGCACUCCGAAAAUGAGGGCCUACCACGAUUACCUAACGAAAUCGUCGAACCUGUUGAACAGGUUCGACCGAACGCUGAGGACGAAGGUACAGUGGGUCGCCGGUGGGACGCAACACUUGCGCGGGCCGAGGGUGCAACAUUAGAGAGGUCAAUAUAUUGGCCUCACAAACCCAGAUCAGAGUCGCCGGAUCCGCUUCGAGGGAAAGAUGGAAGUCGCGUGCCAACCAUCCCUCGUAUUGACCUCAUCGAACCCACUCCAAUACGUGCAGGUCCUGAGCUUCCCCAAGUGGGACUCACUGAGAAGGAUCCAGGACGUCUAGAAAGCGGGUCCGCACUAGGGGGCCAUGUGGCUACGACCCAUUCAUCUAAUCCUUCCGGCUCUUCCUCUAUCUGGCAGGUCAUCGUGGAUCAGGCUACUCACCGCGAUGCAGAGCUCGUCGAUGGCUGGCAGAGAUCCAUGGAUGUCCUCCUUCUCUUCGCCGCAUUGUUCGCAGGCAUCCUCACAGCAUUCUUGAUCGAAUCUACCAAGCGGUUGGAGGGCAACUAUCCGGAAGAAAUGGUAGUAUUGUUGCGGCAGAUUGCACAAAGCCUAAACGGUACCUUACCUGCUUAUGUCCCACCGGAAUCGCGAAGAUCUGCUUCCACCCUACUUCUUAUCAACCGUUUAUGGUUCUCUUCUCUUUCCUUAACGCUUGGAUCUGCAAUCGGUGGCAUGGUCGCUAAACAAUGGUUAUCUGAGUACAUGACGGAUUUGACAUUUGAGUCCCGGAACCAUUAUUCGCAGGAACGAUACCAACGAGAGGCUCGCCUUCGUGAAUUCCGCUACAACGGACUUACGAAGUGGUAUGUGCCAGAGAUCAUCGGAUUCUUGCCCAUUGCGCUGCAUGUUGCUUUGCUGCUCUUCUGGGUGGGCCUUGUUCAUUAUCUGUGGGAACUUGACCUCUAUACAACCAUCCUCGUCCUUGUCAUCUCCGGGACCAUCUUUGCAUCCUACAUCGGAUCCACGAUCCUUCCUUCUAUAUUCACAGGAUGUCCCUAUAAAACGCCCAUCUCCCAUCUCAUUUCCAACACAAAUCGUGCAUUUCGAAUCAUACUCAAUUGGUGGCCCAAAAAUUCUACACCCGAGCCUAAUGGUCCAAGUGGGAAAGAGAAUAUCAAAGUUCGAUUCCGGGAAGCCCUUCGUGUUCACCGAGUUUUAUGGGAAGACGAGAGGGAAGUGGUAGAGCGACACUCAUACGAUUUAGAUGAGAAAUGCCUUGAGCGCCUGAAAGAAUCGACGAGAAGUGAGUCAACUGCCGUCUGGGCCGCGGAAGAACUCCAGGGACUUCUGCGGCGGCGAACACACACUGUGCCAUACCAUCCCACAUCCAUUUCUCGGCAUGUCACCACCAACGAUACUACUUCAGGUGUCCAGGAGCCCAAGGAAGAUGUAAUGGUAGAGGCGAAUGGGAACGCGGCCCCAUUGAUACCCGACGGGGCCCUUGCUAUUGAUCUUGGAACAGUAGCGACCUGAGAAUAUAGGGGUAACUCCCGUGAACGGUGACC